AUGGCCAGUCUGAACUCCGCACAACCUUUAAAUGUCAUCAUCGUUGGUGCUGGUAUUGGCGGCCUCACCACUGCAGUCGCGCUACGCAGAGCGGGCCACCACGUGAAGGUCUACGAGUCGUCGCGAAUCAAGACCGAAAUCGGUGCCGGUGUGGCACUACAAGUCAACUCCGUGCGGGUCCUCAAAUCGCUCGGCUAUGAGCGAGAAAACCUCAAGGGCGGCGUUUUCGAUGGGAUCAAGAUUUUUAACGCAGAGACGGCUGAAUCGAACGAGUAUCCCACGCUGAAUCUCGAGACCUUCAAGCAGGAGGGCAUAAACGGGCUUUCUUGCCAUCGCAGCGACCUUCACAAUGAACUGCGUCGACUGGCUACCGAGGAUAACUUGAAUUCUACAGACCCACCUGUUGAAUUACACCUGGGCAGCAGAAUCGUCGGUUGUGAUGCCGAAGCUGGUGCUAUCACACUUGGCACUGGCGAAACAGUGGCUGGCGACCUUGUUAUUGGUGCUGAUGGGGUGCAUUCAAUCGUCCGAACGAGCGUUCUCGGUCAGGACAUCCAGGCAGAACCGUCGGGUUGGUUCUGCUACCGCUGCAUCUUCGAUGCCUCCGAGCUGGACAACUACCCUGAGCUCGCGUGGGUGAAGGGCAUCAAGAACGUCAUGAGCGUCCGACUGGAAGACGCUGCGCUGUCAGAGUAUAUUGUCUACAAUAUUCGGGGCAGCACGCUGAUCAACAUGGUCGCAUUUGACGUCGAUUCAGAGCGACACACCCACAAACCAACCUCUGAAAUCGUGACCAAAGAGGCUUUCCUGGAGAAGUACCCAAAGUUCCAUCCCCAGUUUACCCGCCUCUUCGACCUUCCCCUCGUCACCCCUGUCAUUAAAUGGCAGCUCCGCGCCAUGCCAAUGCUGCCCACCUGGAUAAGAGGCCGCACGGUCAUCAUGGGUGAUGCCGCCCACGCAACUCUCCCGCUUCUCGCUCAAGGCGCUGGAAUGGCCAUCGAGGAAGCGGCCUGUCUUGGCAUCCUUCUCGCGGCCGGAACGACGCCAGACCAAGUUCCUGCGCGACUGGAGGCAUUCCAAGCGCUCCGCAAGGACCGUGGCGAAUUCGUCAACGUACAGUCGGUUGCCCAGACAGACCCGGAAAACCGCGCCAAGUUCAUGAGACGCUCAGACUUCCAGGCGUAUUUGGUGGAAUAUGACACGAUUUCAACGACCCAGAAAUAUUACGAUACGCAUUUUGGAGGGGUUAGUGCUGGUCUGUAG